AUGGGCCAGGACAAGCCGUCACAUGUGGAGCUCUUCCGUCAGGACCAAGCCCGCGUAGACUACAUCCAUCACCGGGCAUCCAACGCCAUCACCCACCUAAACCAUAUUGGCAACUUUCUUUUUACAAGAGUUCCAGCAAUCAUCGAUUAUAAUAUUAGUCGCUAUAGCUAUAUUGUCAACAUAGGCCUAGGCACUCCUACCAAGUUCUUCUCAUUUACAUUCGACACCGGUAGCGAUCUCACUUGGACCCAAUGUGUCCCCUGCGUUAAUUGUCAUACCCAAAAAAACCCAUUUUAUGACCCAGCCCAGUCCUUUACCUUCACCAACAUCCCAUGCAACUCUAAUUAUUGUACCCAACUUGAUCAAUUUGGUUGCUCCUCUACCUUCACCUGCCUCUAUGAGGAAGAAUAUGUCGAUAAUUCUAAAACUAACGGCUCCCUCAUUAAAGAUGCCUUACACUUAUCCAAUGAUAUUAUUUAUAACUUUGUCUUCGGGUGUGGAAAUAACAAUACCAGAAUUUUUGGACAUGAAGACGGGUUAUUAGGCCUCGGUCGUGGGCCUAUUUCAAUUAUCAACCAAACACCUCAAUUGUAUAACAAAAUAUUCUCAUAUUGUCUACCAUCAAGGCCCAAUACAUAUGGAUAUCUCGAACUAGGUAGCUCAGUCGUUGGUGUGAAGUAUACACCGAUGCUAACCAUUCCAGAAAUGCCAUCCUACUACUUCCUUAAUCUCACUACCAUUUCAAUCAGGGGCAAAAAGCUCGCCCUUCCACCUACUAUCUUCAGCAAACCUGGAACUAUGUUGGACUCUGGAGCAACAUUCAGCCACCUACCACCCAUUGCCUACUCCACCCUCCGUAGCAUUUUCCGAAAAGAAAUGAGCAAUUACCCAAUGGCGCCGCCACUAUUCAAUCUUGACACAUGCUAUGACUUCACUAACUACCAACAUGUGCUGGUGCCAGAGAUUUCAUUGAUCUAUGAUGGUGAAGUGACAACAAACUUACAUCACACAGGGAUACUUUUUGUGUUCAAUAAAUCUCAAGCUUGCUUACCCUUCGUUGAAAAUAUGGAUGAUAGUGAUGUUGUGAUAAUUGGUAGUAGGCAACACCUCACGUUCAAUGUAGUCUAUGAUGUGGGGAACUUACAAAUUGGCUUUGGGGCUAAUGGCUGUAGCUAG